UGAGAAGGGAGGCUCGUGUUUUGGGCCAGGAGAGCUCCUCUGCUUUAGGAAUGUCGGCAUAGAACCAUAGAAUAGUAGAUUUGGAAGGGACCCAUGAGGCCAUCAAGUCCAACCCCCUGCUCAGUGCAAGAAUCCAAUGCAGAUUUGAGGAGGACUGAUGAGCAUGGUGAACUUCGAGAGCUAUUACUCAGUUUCCCGGCAUCUACCACUUUUUAUUUGUGACAGGUAUCAAAUUUUGUGACGUUCAUUCAUUUUUGGUUUGUCUUUAUUCAUUGCUCUUUGUGGUUCCAAAGUUUUAAUUGUGGGGUUAGUUAAUUAAUUAAUGGAAGGCAGAUUACAAAUAUCAAAAAUGAAUGAAUGAAUAACAAACUCUUGUUGUUCAAGUCCUGUUGGAAGCUGAGCUCGUGCAGAGACCAAGGAUGGAAAAGCAAAACUCAGCUGGACCUGGGGCAGGAAAAGGCCCCCACUUCACACAGGCUGAGAGCAGUGGGGAGUUCUGGGAAAGAACAGAGCAGAACAUCCGGGAUGAAGGAGCCAUCAGUUCAGACAUUCAGCGCCAGCGCUUCAGGCAUUUCCGCUACCAGGAGGCCAAAGGCCCCCGAGAGAUUUCCAGCCGACUCCACAAUCUCUGUUGUCAGUGGCUGAAGCCAAAAAGGCACUCGAAAGCCCAGAUGCUGGACCUGGUGGUCCUGGAGCAGUUCCUGGCUGUCCUCCCCCCAGAGAUGGAGAGCUGGGUCAGGGAGUGCGGAGCGGAGACCAGUUCCCAGGCGGUGGCCCUGGCGGAAGGCUUCCUCCUGAGCCAAGCUGAGGGGAGGAGGCAGGAAGAGGAGGAGAAGCAGGUGGAGGGGUGGAGAGGAGUGGCCAGCAAUUUCUCUGCGACAGAGAAGGUUCCCCUGGAUCCCACCCAGUGGCUGCUAUUCAGGGGGAGCGUGCAAGAGGGUGACAGAGGAACUGCCUCACAAGGUGGUGAAAUGACCCUGGAGCUUCCUUUCAACCAUUCUCUUUGUGAUGGAGCUGAAACAGUUGCUGCACAGUCCCUGGAUCAGGGUCCAGUGACCUUUGAGGAGGUGGCUGUGCAUGUCACGGAGGAGGAGUGGGCUCUGCUGGAUCUAGGCCAAAAAGCUCUGCAUAAGGAAGUCAUGGAGGAGAAUUGCAGGAAUCUGGCCUCUCUGGCAGGUGAUGGGCAGCCCAAUGCAAAUGAUAUGGAAUCAGUUAUAGAAUAUGAAAUCAGAAAAGUGACAUAUGAAAAUCAAAGGGGACCAAAAAUCUUCAGUUGGAAUAAACAACACAGUCAAAAUAAUGUAAGUAUCUACACGGGAGAGAAAGCACGCAAAUGCAGAGUGUGUGGAAAGACCUUCAGUCAGAGUCAGCAGCUUAUUAAACAUCAAAGAAUCCACACAGGGGAGAAACCAUAUACAUGCAUGGAGUGUGGAAAAAGCUUUGGUUGGAGUCAACAUCUUAUUAAACAUCAAAGAAUCCACACAGGGGAGAAACCUUAUACAUGCACACUGUGUGGAAAGAACAUCAGUACUAGCAGUAGUCUUAAUCAACAUCAAAGAACCCACACAGGGGAGAAACCAUAUAGUUGCAUUGUGUGUGGAAAGAGUUUCAAUCAAAGUCAUCACCUUACGUCACAUGAAAGGACCCACACAGGGGAGAAACCAUAUAAAUGCACAGAGUGUGGAAAGAGCUUCAGUGCUAGUGGGAAUCUUACUACACAUCAAAGAACGCAUACGGGGGGAAAACCAUAUGCAUAGUAUGUGGAAAGAGCUUCAGUCAGCACUUUGGUCUUACUUCACAUCAAAGAACCCACACAGGAGAGAAACCAUAUAAAUGCAUGGACAGUGGAAAAAACUUCAGUUGGCGUCAAGACCUUACCAAACAUCAAAGAAACCAUACAGGGGAGAAACCAUAUAUGUGCAUCGAAUGUGGAAAGUGCUUCAGCGAUAGUGGAUACCUUGCUAGACAUCAAAGAACCCAUACAGUAGGGCCCGGCUUUACAGCGCUUCGCUUUACAGCAAUUCACUAAUGCGGCAGCUUUCAGUUAGGGAAAGUCCCCGCAUUAAGGUGCUUGUUCCGCUUUUAUGGCAUUUUCCCCCUUCGCUCACCAUUUUGACAUCAUUUUCGCACAACGCGCCCUAUUAUCAUCAAUGGGUUCCACUUUACGGCGAUUUCUGCUUUCCGGCGGCAGUCCAGAAUGGAACCUGCCGUCUAACCAGGGCCCGCCUGUACAGGGGAGAAGCCAUAUAAAUGCAUGGACUGUGGAAAGAGGUUUAGUUGGCAUCAACAUCUUACUACACAUCAAAGAAUCCACACGGGAGAGAAACCAUACAAAUGUAUAGUGUGUGAAAAGAGCUUUAGUCAGAGCACUGGUCUUACUUUACAUGAAAGAACCCACACAGGAGAAAACUCAUAUAAAUGGAAAGAUCCACUUUCAUAGUGGAAAACUAAGUAGCAAACAACCCACACAAGAGAAAGCAUUCAAAUACAAACAGUCUGGAAAGAACUUCAGUUAACACAGAGAUCUUACCAUAUUCCACUAACUAUGAAGAGUCAUGAAAAGACAAAGCAUACAAAUGCUUACUCUUUUUCUAAAACAACAAAGACACUUGUGGCAACUGUAAAGCUCCCAGAUUAAUUAUGGUAUAUGUUUUUGUGGACUAGAGUUCAUUUCAUCUGAUGCAUGAAGUGUUAUUCUUAGUGGGCUGGUACAGAAGCGUAAGGGUGCAGAGAGGGAAAAUGUAGAGGUGCGAUUGAAACCAAAUAACAGAAAAUGCUGCCUUUGACAAUUGCUGUAAAGUUUAAACAUGUGCAAAAUAAACAGUGACCAUUCAUAAGGGCAUUGCUGGUAGAUAAUAGCACGGAUCAUGUUGGAAGCCGAGCAGGUGAAGGAACCCUUGGAAUUGUGGAUGACGUUGCAAAAUCCUGUGACCAUUCUGCCUGAGUAGAUAUGGGGAUGGAUAUUACAUCUGGACUCAUUACCAGAUCUGGUCCCUUUUUUUUCAGUUUCUGUUGGAUGGUCUAUUGUUGCUUGUGCAUUAGUAGCUGCUUCAGAUUAGGGUGCAGCCUGAAGGUAAGGAGAGACCUAUCCCACAAGGCCUAUGAGAGGGAAGUAUAUUAUUAGGAUGACUUACGAAAAAGACAGUACUCAGAUCUUUAUAAAUGCUAGAUUUGUGCUAUAAGGCUUUUAGAGCUUGAGGUUUGUGAAAUUGCUUUUUUAAAAAAAAAAAUGAACAUGGUUUAUUUGAAAAGUUUGAAUCUUAGAUUUGGAAUAAGGAGGAUUGUGUUCAAGCUUUGUCUGCAGGAAAUGAGUUAAGUUAGCACAAGCAAUUUAUCUCUAUUAGAGAAAGCAAGCAAGAGUUAUUUUUAACACUGCUGGUUGACCAUUCCUUUUGUUAGGCAAUUUACAGGUAAAUGGUGCAAAAUGCUUGGCCAGUGCAGAUAUGAGUCAUCUGAGAUGCACAGCAGAGCAUCCCCCACAGCUAAAGCAGCAGGCAUGUAGGGGUGAGAAAGAGAGUGGAAAGGGGAGAGCAGGUUUGCAGCUUUCCUGCACCCAUGUCCCCUGGCAGCUACCUAUACCCUACACUCUAGAUGGACCAAUAUGAUGUGACUCGGUAUAAUGCAACUACCUAUGCAUCUAUGGUUUUUAAAAUAGUUUUGUUGCUGUAGUGAUUGUGUUGAUGUAUUUUACUGAUUAUAUGCUGCUCUAUCAGGUGAUUAUCCUAAAAAGUGCUAAAGAAGUUUCUUAAAUAAAAAUAAAGUCAUGUGAUUUCAGGCAUAUCAUGUGAUUCUUUUCAUUGCUACUGGCCAAGGAGAAAGGGAACAGUUGGCCCUUCCAUCUCCCCUGCUGAACCAGGCUAAACUGCUGACGCGGAAGGUCACCCAAUUUCCCUAGCGGCUCUUGUUACUGGAGGUGUGGGUUCUUUUAAGUUAAUGUGGCUUAUUUAUUUAUUUAGAAGCAUUUAUUAAACACUUAAUUGUUUGUUGAAAAAAAUAUUUUUGUUGAUGAUUUUUGAAAAAGAAAGAAAAGCACAAGAAGAGCGUAUACACGUCAGCUGAAUUGUCAGUAAAUCAAACUCCUGCCAUCAGAAGCGGUAAUAUGCAAUUCAGUUCUAAAAACCCAAAGGAAGAAGCAUUAGAAGAAAUAUCUCCUCCAGAACUCUGCAUGAGUAGAGGAGGGUGAAGAAAUGGACUAUUCUUAUUGACAAAGCUAAGGAAGGGGAACCAAAGUCUAUCAAAGUGAUCAUGCCGUGCCAAACCAUAUAUAAACCUCAGAUGAUACGUAAGGUGUUCAGAGACAGUGAUGUCCCAGACUCGAGUCUGCCACCCCUCUCUGGAAGAGCUAGUCUCCCCCUUCCAUUUGCUAGCUACAUCCAAGCAUGCGGAUGUCAAAAGCAGGGAAACCAGCUCAUUGUGAUGAACCAUUGGACUAGUAUCGCUCUCCACAGACUCUAGAACUAAAAAGGGAUCCAGACUCAGACAUUGGAGAAUGAUACCAAAGAUUUGCGCAAAAAAAUGCUGAAAUUUUUCACAGUCCCACAGAGGUGUACCUGGGUCCCGAUGCUACCACAACCUCUCCAGCAUUCCUCCUUUCUAUCUACUCUUCUUAACCCUAUGCAGGCCCAAUCCACCACUUCAAGUUGAACUAUAUAUUCCAACAAGUUAGAGGAAGCCAGAUUUUGGCUGAACAUCAGGAAAAACUUCCUGUUAGAGUGGUACGAGUAUGGAACCAAUGACCUAGAGAGGUGGUGGGCUCUCCAACACUGGAGGCCUUCAAGAGGCAGCUGGACAGCCAGCUGUCGGGGAUGCUUUAAGUUGGAUUCUUGCACUGAGCAAGGGGUUGGACUCAGUGGCCUUACAGACCCU